GAAGCGCCACACGCUUCCAGGCAGGGGGACCGCUCUUCCGAUGCCUCAGGCAUCUGAUAUCUAUGCCUAAGGCUUCCACAUGACAGUAUAUACUGUCUACUUUGUGACAUUUCUUUUUUAGGUUUAUCCUAACUGCCUGAUUGAUGAUGGAUACCUUUGCCCGUCCGCCCUUGACAUUUGCGGCCCUUGGGCGAUUUGUUAGCAUGCUGAUUUCACGUUGUAUACCUUGAAGGCGCAUAUCUUUUGAUCUGUUUUGUUCUCUGUGGUGUCAUGGCGCUUAACUUAAGCCUUGGGUCUUGGGACUCCGGGCAACUGGGAGCAGAAGAGGCCAGAAAGCCGGGGCUAACCCUAGGUCACAUCACCUGAUGCCAUCUCUCUAUACGAUGAAAUGGCCAUCCCUAAUGCGCAGCCGGUGAGGUGCAGCAUGCAGUUGGCAUCGCCAAGGUCACUAUUUGCUAAGGUCAGGUCUGCAUCUCUCACCACCAAUAUCAUAUUGCCUGGUGAGCCUCGCCUGGCGGCUCCGGAUGGGGCAGCCACGGCAGAUCCCGCGGACAAUCCUCGCGGGCGUGAAUUGACACAUGAGGGCUUCCAUGCGGAGCUCGACGGCUACCAUGUGGACCACAAGCCUGCGGCGAGGAACUGCAAGUUUAUCUACCUGGGUCGCAGAAGAACUAGUGAUGCCGAAAUCUAUCGCCAGCUCCUAGUCGUCGAGCCCAUGAGGGCGGGGACUUAUCGCAGGGUCGGACGCGACUGUCACUGGGAUCCUAGAACAUACGAGGCCUGCCGCCCCUGGACAGAUAGCCUUUGGCGAAUGGGUGGAGAAUGCCAGGUAUGAAGAUGUCAUUGUAGGGUAACACGAAGAAAAAGGGGCUUCUUUGCUAGUGGGAAGGCAUGGCACCAGAUAGUGUAACAGUGGAACAUGUUAUGGUUCCAUUCCCAAGGACGCUCAGGGGUGGCCCCUGAGCCGGCGACUGGAUGGGCCGCAGCCUGUAUCCCCCGAGUUCUGUGGCACCAAGGUUGUAAGUCUAGGAUAUGUGAAGGAGCUGACCCGCGCGUGAGCCGAGAAUAAUGUGGGAGGCGCGCCGACUUUUUUUGUGAACCAAGGUACCCG